AUGUCAUACUCUUCUGGAUAUCAAACGCCAGGGGGCUGGAGCUGGCCAGAUGAUCUGCCCAAGAAUGAACCUGCACAGCCAGAAUCUUCAACCUCGUCCUCGCGCCAGCAGCCAGCAGGCACUUCUAGUGGCGCGAACCCAAGCACAGGAUCAGGAUCGCGGUCGCGACGCACCCACUGGCCACCUCGACAAUGUAGGAUUUGCCUUGAAACGGUUCAGCCAACCUUCAACGUUGGAUCGGACAGUCUUCCGGGAUUUCUGCAGUCGCCCGGAGUCGUGUACCAGGACGAGACCGGCCGUUUGAUUCGACCCUGCUUGUGCAAAGGCUCAUCCAAAUACGUCCACGAUGCCUGCCUUCAAGCAUGGCGCCAUGCAGACCCAGGCUAUGGAAAGAGAAAUUACUGGCAAUGUCCUACUUGCGGUUUCAAAUAUAGGUUAGCGCGCCUUGGAGCUGGUCGCUUCGUGGGUAGUGUUGCUGCUCAGAUCGCGCUCACUGCUCUAAUUCUUAUUGUGAUCAUCUUCGUUCUCGGAUUUGUAGCCGACCCUAUCAUUGGGCUCUAUGUCGACCCAUGGAGCUAUAUGCCCUGGAACAGCUGGUCAAGACGCAGUCAAGGCUUUUACUUCGAGGAGGAUGAGUCAACCACGUGGUACGAGCAUUUUGCGAAAGGUUUCGCUAGCAUGGGUGUACUUGGCUUCCUCAAGGUCCUGCUAGCGAACCCAUUCAAUUACUUCCGGUUUGGAAGUGGUGGUGGCAGAGCCAGAACUGGUCGCGACCGAGUCGAGCAAGUCAGCUGGAUCAUCAUUGUAGUUGGAGUAGGCACGUUUCUUGCAGCUGUAUACAAAGGCGUCCGCGUCUGGAGUCGCAGGACCCUUGAGCGAGCCGGCGAAAGAGUCAUGGACGUUCAGCACGACGAUGAGGACGACGAUGAAUAG